AGCCUUAGCGCGGCGAGGAAGCGGACCGGUGUAAAGUUGCUCGUAAGCAGAUGUCUUCGCCCGGCUUUCUGUCACGUCGACGUCAACUCGCCGGGGGAGCCGCCCCUCGCCGCCUGACGCUUCCCGCGGCAGAGCCGUCGACAAGAAACGCGUCCCCCAGGCCAUGAUGCUUAUCAGGUUAUGCUGGGGUUAUGGAAAAUCUAAUGAGUUCUGCUGAAGACCAGCAGCCCACCUCGCCUCUGGCCAAUACAUGGUCGUAUCAGCAGGACUGCAAGAACGAAAGGCCAAAAUCUGUUGGAGGAUUUGUGUUAGUGCAUGCAGGAGCAGGAUACCAUUCUGAAUCCAAAGCCAAGGAGUACAAGCAUGUGUGCAAAAGAGCUUGUCAGCGAGCGGUGGACCGACUCAAGGCUGGCGCCCUAGCAGUGGAAGCGGUGGCUGCAGCGCUUGUUGAGCUGGAGGACUCUCCAUUCACAAACGCAGGGAUGGGCUCCAACUUGAAUCUUUCCGGGGAGAUUGAAUGUGACGCAAGCAUCAUGGACGGGAAGUCACUGCAUUAUGGAGCUGUAGGUGCCAUUAGAGGAAUAAAGAACCCAGUCUUGGUUGCAAACCGUCUCCUGAGUGAAGCACAAAAAGGGAAACUAUCAGCUGGCAGAAUCCCACCCUGCUUUUUAGUAGGUCGGGGAGCACAUGACUGGGCUGUAACCCAUGGAAUACCGCCAUGUCCCUCAGAGAAGAUGGCCACCAAGUUCAGUUUGUCAGCGUACAAGAGGAACAAGCGCAAGAUGGAGCUGGCGGAAAAAAUGGACACAGGGCACACUCAGACAAAAAAAUGCCGACAAUCAAGUGAAAACGGAAACGGCUCAGGGUGCCUGGACACGGUGGGGGCUGUUGUGGUGGACCAGGAGGGGAACGUUGCCGCUGCAGUGUCCAGCGGCGGCCUAGCCAUGAAACACCCCGGCAGGGUCGGCCAGGCUGCUCAUUAUGGAUGUGGCUGCUGGGCUGAAAAUGGCUGUAACAUGAACCCUUAUUCUACAGCAGUGAGUACCUCAGGCUGUGGGGAGCAUCUGAUUCGCACCAUGCUAGCACGGGAGUGCUCUGCUGCCAUGCAGUCUGAAGAUGCCCACCAAGCACUGCUGGAGGCUAUGCAAAACAAGUUCAUCAGCUCACCCUUUCUGGCCGGUGAGGAUCGUGUUUUGGGUGGGGUAAUUGUCCUACGCUGCUGCAGAUGUGCGGAGGCUGAGCCGUCUCAAGACAUCCAGGCCAUACUGGUGGAGUUCCUGUGGAGCCACACCACAGAGAGCAUGUGCGUCGGCUACAUGUCAGUCCAGGACAGCAAAGCCAAGACUCACAUAUCCAGACUACCACCAGGAGCUGUUCCCGGGCAGUCGCUCGCUAUCGAGGGAGGUGUGUGUCGCCUGAUGAACACGGUGGAGUGAGCCGCGCCUGCCCACCCUUUCCCUCUCCCUCUCCCUCUCUCUCUCUCUCUCUCUUUCUCUCUCUCUCUCUCUCUCUCUCUCUCUCUCUC